AUGCCUGGGAAUCUAUAUACCACUUCCCCCGACCUGGCUCAAAGCAAACUGCAUCCACUCAAUGAUUUCCCCUCAUCGGGCCCUCUCUCGCCUCCGUCCGAAGGCGGCUCGCCAAAUCAGUUGCUCGCUACAUGGGCGAAACUCUCCCGCAACCAGCCCAAGACCGACUUGAACCUCACCCUGAACCACAAGAUGUCUUCCAGCCCCUACGCGCGCCAGUCUCCCGCUGUCGCGGGGAGCCUCCACCACGUGCCGCUGGAACUCAGUACCGCAGAUCCAUAUCUGUCGGCGCAAUCCGACCCAGAAGAAAGUGACUUUCACGCCAGCGCGAUUCGACUUACCCCCGUAAAUGGCAGCCCGAACCAUACCUCCUCGCCGUACGACGAGACCCGUCGUCCCUCUAUCACGUCGCAGGGCUAUUUGGCUCCAGGGGGGAAUGAUUAUCCGGACGCUAGCUCCAGCACCUCCGGAACCAAUGUAACGGAGCGCUUCUUGAACCCGACAGAUGUGAUGGUGAAUUUCGCCGACCUCUCCAACGAAGCCCCUUCUUUGGUCUUUGGCGAAGGGCAGACUGCGGCUGCGACCAGUAAUGCGCAAUGGCUGCCGUCGAUCCCGGUCAAUACGACACAGUUCCUGGGUCCAGAACAGGCCAUGCCCAGCCCGUCCUCCGUACCGGAGACCGCAACGGUACAGAACGGUAUCAACUCCGUGCUGCCGACGCAGGCGUUGUUCGUUGCGCCGCAACACUCUGGUCUCGGUUCGAAUCCGGCCUAUGGUCCAUCCAGACUGACCGUGUCGACUAACCAUGUAUCGAACAAUGAUUUGACAUCUCCAUCCCCAAGAGGUCGGAGUCCCAUUAUCACUAUCUCGCGGACGUCCCGAGGAGAUUCACCCGAUGAGAAUGCGCCCGAAACACGACCCAGCCGGUCGCUGCUAUCACCAAUUGGCGCUGAUGAUAUGCCGAAUGGAUUCGACGAUGACAAUGACGAUCACCACUCCAUCUCCUCCGUCUCCGUAAAUCCCUCACACAACGGGACUUAUGUGCGGACUCCCAGCGCAGUUCGACGCGGCCUGGAUCCGUUCUCCCGCGGAGACGAAUACGGACCAAGUCCGAAUGAGAUGCACGGUAAGCACGCACAGGAGCAGAAAAAUGCAGAAGUCGGUCGCUGGACGGAGACCGUAUUGCCGACCAACGGCGAGGCGGGCGAUGAGCCUCCACCGCAGUCUCGAGGACGCAAUCAUGUUCCUAACCGGAUUCGGGCGCUCAGCACGGGAGACAGGCCUCUUCAGCAAGCAGACUACUUCAAUCUCAAUGCGGCCGAUCGCUCAGUUCUAGGCCCUGGUCAGAUGUUGCAUGAGAGUAGUGAUGACGGUAUCUUGAGUGAGGACGAUUCGAAUGGCAGCACGGCGCCAGACUCUCCCCCUGCCCAUGCCGAUGAUCAUGGACUGUACGAUUACUCUACGGCGGGCGAGUAUACGUCUCAGCAAGUCGCAUCUCCGGACGGGAGCUUCCCUCUUUAUCCGUGGCAGGAUGCUCCACGCGACCCAAUGCGCAGAGCAGAUAUGAGGCAGCCCAGGAGUUCCGCAGCGGCAAUGGCCACGUACGAGAUGCGCGCCAAGGAGCAAGACGCCGCUUCUAUCACGGCGACUAUCGACAACAACAGUAUUAUCAACUUCAGUGCCGGGUUCGAGCGGUCUUUGAGAAUCACGGAUGCCCCAAAGAAACAUGGGAGCUGGAGCAGUAGCUUCUUCAAGCAGGCGCAGCAGAGAAUCAAGAGACAGGCUUCGGACCUGUCCCUUGCCAGUGUUCACACCAAUGUGCAAGAGCCACCACAACCUCAGCGAAAAGAGAGCGCCGGCUCGAGCUAUCGGCAUCGACUAAGCUUGUCGAGUAAGCAUUCGCCGAAACCUCAUAGUCGCUCUCCGAGCUUGACCAAUGCGCUCAUGUCCAUGGCUGGGCAGAUGGCUGCCGUUGGAGGUAGUCAUUCCGUCCAGGUGGUGUCUCCUCACGCGGAUGCCAGCCCCAAGGCCUUCCCCGCGAAAUGGGGUCGUGAUCGAGCGAAGAGCGAAGUUCCACGGCCAACAACGCCGGGUCUGCUCGAUCUCAUGACAACGCAUGGCGGUCCGCCCGUAGCCAGUCUGUCGCGCUACUGCAAAGUAGAGCCGGAUGUGGUGGAGCACCGCGUUGGUAUGGUACCGUCAUCACUUGACGUGCCUGGCGCUGACGAUGAGGAGGAUAUGGAUGGCUGCGAUGAGGAGAAGGGACUGGUGAUGGAAUUCCCAGCCGUCUCCUCCUUGCCAGUUCCCACAAUGGAAGGCUUCAAGUCGCAGAUCAUGCAGUUGAACCCGCGCCUCGACCCAGCGUUGAUCAAUCGCUUUGCCGGCGAACAAGUGCGGCGGCAUCGAAAGCUGAUCGAAUACCAGCAGAAACACGCUGCAGCCGUGGCCAAGGGUUCCUGCAAGUCGGGCAAUUUCUGUCUCGCGCUAGGUGGACAAGCACGCUUGCUACCGCAGCGUAAGACAGCAGCCGACGUUGAGACCGGCCAGACCCAAUUCCGAAUCACGGACGGCCAUGAUCAGUCAAACACCGGCAGCGAAGGGGUCGUUGCCGCGGCCCAGUUUCCCCCUGGCGUCCCCCUGCCUCCCGUCGCUCGGCUACCGGCCGAGUUCGAGUGUCCCGUCUGUUUCCAAGUCAAGACCAUCCACAAACCGUCCGAUUGGUCCAAGCAUAUCUUUGAAGACAUCCAGCCUUUCACGUGUACAUUUCCCGGAUGCACAGAGCCCAAGUCGUUCAAGCGCAAGGCCGACUGGGUUCGCCAUGAGAGUGAGCGACAUCGACAACUCGAAUGGUGGUGCUGUUCGUACCGCAACUGUACGCACAAGUGCUAUCGUAAGAACAAUUUCAUUCAGCACCUGGUCCGCGAGCACAAACUGCCCGACCCCAAAGCCGCUCAGGGCAAGGGCGUGGGAGUUGGUGACGUCUCUCCCAAGAUAGUCGAUCGGAUGGUCGAGGAAUGCAAACACACCACGCAGGAUAACCCCUCUCAGGAGCCCUGCCGCUUCUGCGGGAAUAAUUGUGGCACCUGGAAGAAGUUAACGGUGCACCUGGGGAAACACAUGGAGCAGUUGGCCAUGCCGGUUCUGGAACUUGCCAGGCAGAGCUGCGCCUCGCAGGGCCAAGGCCAGGGCGUGUCAGCGCCGAUCGGGACCGUGAACCCCUUCGGGGUCAACAACAAUACCAGCUCUGACACCAUUCAAACGCGAGACCAAGGUCAGGGUCAAGCCCAAACCCAAGCUCCAGCCACAACGCAGGCACAUGCAUACUAUGGCGACAUUCCAAGUUUCAACUUCACCAGCAUGACGGGCGGCGAGAUCUCCAUGGAACCCGAAUCAAUGAUGGAGCCAGAAUCCAUGAUCGAUCCCCUGCAGCCUAGCGAUCAGUUCUCCGGGUACGCACUGGACCCGUUCGAUCCGAACCCCCAUGCCCAAGCCACGUCUUUGGCCACACUCCACCCACAAGGCCACGCUCAUGCUCAUGCUCAUUCCCAUGCUCAUGCCCAUGCUCAUUCCCAUACCCACGCUCCCCACCCCUCGCAUCAAAGCUCAGUCUCAUAUCCGCCCCUCUCCACCCCGUCACGCUCCGCAGAUCCAAAUCUCGCACCAAACUCCUACUCCGUCACUUCCCAACUGCCACCACAGACGAUGUCGGCGCUUGGGGCUGGACAGACGCCGACUCGUGGCUCGCUUUAUUCGGCGCAGCAGGCGGGGUAUCAAACAUACCAAGCCGUCGCGCCAAAUAGCCCAUAUAUGUCAGCACAGUAUAGCUCGAGUUAUUCGUCGCAGAUGUGA